AUGAAUUCGACGUGUGCUGUUUUGUAUGUUGUGGUUAUUUUUAUCUCCUUUGCGGGAAGGUCGAUUGAAGAUGCAAGUUGUUGCACAUGUACUUCGCCGUCGUUGCCUCAGCUGUUGAAUAAACCCUCUGAGCAGAUGCAACAGCUGCUCCAGUUUUCACUCUCUAGGUCGAGAGGAGUCGCAGGGAAUGAUGAGGAUGAGGGUUCAAACAACUACCACGAUGAGUCAUCGUCAUCAUCUUCUGCAGGAGUGAACAGAUUAAAAGAAGAGUGUGAACAGAUGUCGACUGAAGUUUGUAGGAUCUAUGGCACUCAACACACAUGUACUGUGUUGCAUAUCUUCAACGAGACCUCUCUGAUUGGGGAGUCCCGCGGUUGUGCAUACAACAUGGCCCUUCUCUUCCUCCUCUUGUCUUACCCGAACAGUGAGGUGGAUGUGCAUGUCAGACAGCUGAAGACACAGUACAAUGAGAUCAUACACACCCUCAAAGCCAAAGGGUCGCUCACUCCAGACCUGCUCAACAGGUUUGAAAAAUCAAUGGCCGACGUGAUCUUCAGUGUACUAUGCUACGACACUUCCUCAUCUGGGGUCCAAACACCUCAGAAUUUGGACUCUAUGUCUUCUCUAUCUUUCCCUUCAUCUCAAAUGACAUCGGCUGCUCCUAAUGGAAUCACCUUCGACUGUUCGCACGCCCUGAUGAGUAGUAGAAAUUUAUUGAGCCGAGACCAAAUUAUCGGAGCCUUUGAUCUCCAGCUUAAAGAUGUUUAUGCAUACGAGAACCAUUCAAUGCAGAAAAAAUGGUUGCUGCUAACUAACGAGUAUCACGAGUUUGUAGGGUACCUUAAAAUUACAGUUUCCAUAGUCGGACCCAACGAGUCAUUCCCACCCGAGGAAAUUUCAGACGAAUCUGAAACUGAUAUUUCUGAAAACGUGAUCAGACCGAAUAAUGUAUCACUCCACCCCGUUCAAUUAUUCACUAAACUUUACGAAGUUUGCCAUGUUCCGGACUUUUCAGACGCCCUCAACCGGAAUUUUCCCCAAUGCAAUUUGAGAGAUUUUAGACCUGUAAUUGAGGUCAGCUUUGAUGGAGUGAAAUCUAAGUUUAAAAGACUGAAGAGAUGGCAAAAUCACGUGGUGAACGAAGGAGCAGUCAUGAACAUCCAUAACUACCCUUCGAUUGCGAAAAAGAUUUACAUUUCAGUGUGCGACUCAAAGCACGGAAGUCGCUCCAGUGGGCUUUUGGCCCGCUGUUCGAUUGAUUUAAAUUCAUUUAAAAAAGACAGAACAUCGAUAAAUUUGUCAUCACCUCUUGAGACUAGUUUUGGACCGAAACUGCUCAACCUGUACGCUCAAACAGAAAACUCCGAUUACCAAGCUCCUGAAGCGUUUAUUUUCAUGGGUCGCGUCGUCGUCGAGUUUCGGCUGACUGUUUCAUCUGAACUAAAGCACGAGAAAGAACGUCAUAAAGCAUUCGCUAUUGCACCAUUGGCUAGACCGGUUUCAAUGGGUGCCGUUUUCAGAUGUGUGUUCAUAUUGCAAGAGUUGAAUUUGAUUAAUGAGUUAGUAAGUGAAGAUUACGUUCGUGUAAAUGUGUCUUGGGCAGACUGUGACACUUCGUCUCUGCCUCUCCGAAUCGGCGACUACUUCAAGUCAAUGAGAGGAAGUAGCUAUAGAUAUUGUGAUUUGAAGUCUAACUGGCCAGUUCUCAUUUUGGAGACUUCUCUGGAGAAUGAAGUUGAGAGCCUGGUAGUGUCCAAUAUAAUCCAGAGCAUGGCAGAGACCACAGUCAACAGUCUCAACAAACUCAAAGCAAACAUUGUCGCCAAUCGGGUACAAGAUGCUAGCAAACACAUGUUACCAAGACUGGUCAAAAUUUUGAAUUCCCUCGUUAUUAAAGUAAAUGUGACGCGAGCUCAACUGGAAAGCAUGGAUUUCUCCGAUUCGGAAUACUUGUUGGAUAAACUGGAUCUUCUGCUCGCAACAGUGGCAUCCAUUUUACAAACACUACCAAAAGAAAAUCAGCAUGACCUUUUGAUAGACAUUGAAACUCUACUGCAUAACUUGAGGUCGAUCAGAAGUCCCGUCUUGUCCACAUUGCCGCCUAUCAUUGUCAGUUUCUCCUGCAAGGCAACUUCAGGCGCUAUUUUUGCGUUUCUUCGAAUUCCAACUCAGAAUCUGAUGUUCAAUGCGUUUUUCGCGGGUAGUCAGUAUAACAAGUCUACAACUGCCAAAAUGAAGUUUGUGUCUAAAGACUUGAUUGGAAGAAUGGGAGGACAAAUAGCCGCCCAGAUCACUUAUCAGGCAUGGGUUUACAACAAAUCAGAAGGAGGUUGUCCUGCAAAUGAUUUGGAUCAGAAACUUCCGAUCCAUUCAUGCGCAGUUAUGCAUGAAUACGAGGAGAAAACUCUUCUCAGCUGGCAAAAAGGUGAACCUCAGUUCCAUGACUUGAACGGAGUCACCUACCCUUCCAUUGAGAUGCUCAGUCGCAUUUGCAGAGGUUCUCAAAAAUAUGAAAUCUCCAAGUCCGACCAAUGGCAACUGCUCACCAACCUUACUAGUCCCAUAUCAACAGACCAAAAGUUGGAUACUUUUCCAAAACAAGAUAAGAGUCAGGCAGUUAUGUUUAAGCAUGAAAGAAGGAAAGUAGGUGAUAACAAGUGGCUGCGAAAUGAACCUCAUUUUUGGGGCUCUGAUUUGGUGGCUAAAGAUGACAAAAAGGGAUCCUUUUACCCUCCGAAGGGCUGGAAGUGGGCUGGAACCUGGAAACCUGAAAUAGAACCGAGACGAAUUGGUUCGGAAAUUGACGAAGAAGGCUGGCAGUACAGUUCGUUUUCAGGAGAUGUCACGAGUUUUGAAGUCACAGAUUGGAAUCCAGUUGAAAAUGAAAGCCACCGUCUUAGAAGGCAAAAGCUGGUUCGCGUUUUAGUCCUUGACGACAAAGAAAACGUAGAAAAAUUAGAAAAGAUAGAAGAAGAAUCUGCUUUUUUCGAGUAUUCAAACAAUUAUUGGGACGAUUAUUUCCCGUUCUCGGAUGGAAGUGAAAUCUUUAGACGGCGAAUUUGGUUUCGAAAACUGAACUCGGUUGAAUUUGUGGGAAAGAGUUUCGACAGUCUCAAGUUGAGUGCUUCUUUGGAAGAUGGCGGCGGAAACAUCGAAGUCUGCUCGCAACUGUAUCAUUUUAUCAAUGCAAAGUUAGCUGAAAAACGGUUUGAACUGCAUGCGUACAUAUAUCAAGGCGAAGAUCUCAAUGCUGCACAGGCAACCAGAACAUUUGCCAAUGUAAUUGCACAAUCGAUGUCCAGGAAGUCCCAUAGUGUCGAUCGCUCAAUUAGCCCACUAUUUGACGAAGUCUUAAUCAUCAAAGACAUUUGCUGCUACGAUCUAACAUUGAACCAAGAACAAUCCUCUUUAAUUAUACCAUCAGUUUUCAUCGAAGUCAGAAAUCAGUCGGGAUCUUCAGAAACAGCUGUGGGUCACGUGACUAUUACCCCAAAUCUGUUGAAAUACUCUUCAGAUCGACGCUCACAUUUGAAGUGGAUCGAGUUGCGAACUUUUCUGUCGACCGCCAAAAGUCGUCUCCUCUGCUCAUGUGAGCUCAUUGAACCAAAUUUACAAGCUGCUAAAUUGAUCCCUACUUUUGACCGAACUGUUACGUAUUUCACAAUCCCGUACCCAAUAGCUCCGGUCACGAAACUCACUACUUUCGAGAUCAUUUUCUGGGGUUUGAGAGGCGUUAACAACCUUUCGGGUGGUUUUGUCGAACUAAUGCGAUUCUUGGGAGGCAUGGAAUCGUCAAGUUUGAUUAUUGAAACAACGAUUCUCAAGUACUUCGAAAAUUCCGGUGUCCUCAAAAAUAUCGCAGAGCACCCUAAUUUUCCAAGAGACAACCAUCGUCUGGAUAUGCUUCUCCCGAUCAAGAAAGAGUACUCGCCUGUCGUGGAUUUGGCCCUGAAGAAAUUUGAAGGAGACUAUUUUCCCGGAACCGGGCAAAUUGUAGCUGUCGCAACUAUCUCAGGAAUCACCGAUUUGCUGAGAGGAGAUUUAUUUGGCACGGAAACUCUUGAUGAUCAAUUGGGCAAUGGAGAUAAUGAACAUGGUGACACUGGUGAUCAGGAACAUAAUCGCAGCUCAAAAGAAUCAGUAAAUAGCUUGUACAUUAUGAAGUCGAGAGCAAACCAGGGUAACAAGGUCAAACUCUACCGACGUCAAAAUGCAUCAGGGCAGGGCGAUUUACUCGACACUGUUGAAAAUGGAGAUUUCUGGUCGCUGUUCUACGCUGCCCGAAAGCUGAAUUCAGUCAGCUUGGAAAAACGAACUGAAAAUACAGAAGCCAAAUCAGAUGCUGUAUUAUUUUUCUACCAAUCAAGUCUCGAAGACUUCCACGAACAGUUCACAGACUUCUUAAACAGUUAUCCUCUCGUCAAACCGAACAAAUCUUUCUUCAGUGACGAUUUUGGAAACCGAGUUUGCGAUUUGAAAGCGGCUAUUGCGGUGUACUACACACUCCAAAACCGUCAAAAUUUUUCGUUUUUCUCGAGAGCGCCGACGCCAACGCAGAAGAAAUUACUAGUCCGACUGUAUGUUUUACAGGCUGAUAAUUUGGUGUCUCUAGAUUUCAAUACUGGUCUUUCAGAUCCAUAUAUUUUUGUGCAAACAAGCGGUGGUCAAACGUUUGGAAAACGUGAUGAUUUUGUGACCAAUUCUCUGGAGCCGGUGUUCGGAAUAUCGUUCGAGUUCAAAGUUACACUCCCGUUGGAUUACUUAGUCACAUUAGAAGUGUGGAACCAUAACAAGGUGAUGAAAGACGAGUUGAUGGGCUUCACUGAGAUCGACAUUGAGAACAGAUGGACUUCCAAGUACAGAGGCAUGUGUCCACUGCCUGCCAGUGGUGGGGGGUUCGAUUCCCGCUCCUGGCGGGACAAUCAGCUGCCCACUGACAUUUUGACUCAGUGGUGCAAGAGACACUUGUUCUGCGAGCCCCGAUGGAUCUCAAAUCACGAAGUAGAGCGGGACAAGAAGAUGGUUGAGAAGUUGUAUGUGCACAGUGUGGCUGCCGGGAACAAGGGGGGAGGAGGAGGGGGAGGGGACGAAGGAGGUCAGCUGCUAACUCGGGCCUUCUUAGAGGUCAAGUUGAAGAAAGAGGAGCACAAGCGAAAGGCCAACGAGGAAAAAGCCAAUAAGGAGAGACUACCAUGA